AUUGUGUAAUCCUUAUGCUUUAUCGUAUGAACGAUUGAACAGUUGCAACUUCGUGUCUGCGCGAGGGUAUCAUCAGUUGCCUAACGCAGGCAGAUAGACAAGAGAUGGACGUUGUGUGUAGCUGUUUUGUCAUAAGCCACGGGAACGCUUGCUUUGGUUCGUUCGCUGUCAUAUCUCACCACAAUCCCGUUCUGUACGACAGUGCAUAUCCGAUAAACCAAAUUCAGGACGCACAUCAAGAUCUCCCAGUGGCAAUCAUCGAUUCCCAGGACCUCAGAGAAAGAUUUGUGCGCUUUCGAGUUCUGAUCUUAGGGAGAGCAAACGCAGGCAAAACAACCAUCCUUCAGAAGGUCUGCAACACCAUGGAGUACCCAGGAAUUUACGACAACAAAGGAAACAAGAUCGAUGCUGCCGUCGUGGAAUCCUCGAUCAAGCAUGGAAAUCACGACAUCGAAAACGAAAUGGUGUUCAGAAGCAAUCCCGGUUUCGAAGCGGGCUCUGAAGAAGAAUUUGAGAACAUGAAGAAAUUUAGCUCAGAACCCAUACUACAUGCGACGAAAUUGGAGGAACGAAUUCAUGCUAUCUGGUAUUGUAUUCCGAUGGACGAACAUUGUCGAACAUUCCAGCGGUCGGAAGAGAAGUUCUUGGAAUGCGACACCAGGCACAGUGAGCUUGCAACUUUGUUGUCAUUUGCCAUGCUCGGACUUAAUGAUCAAUCUUCAGUUCCUGUAGUUGUGGUAUUCACCAAAUUCGAAGCUCUGCGUCCAGUUGCGUAUGGAGACAUCAAGAUGCAACUCAAGUGGCAUCUGGAGAAGAACGUUCGAAGAGGGUCUUGGAUCGGUUGUGCAACUCUGAAAAAACAUGCACGUCCCAAGUCCUAUGUACACUUGGAGAGUAUACUAAUAUGAACAACGCUGUAUGACCUGUAGUUCUAAGAAGCAGCUACUAUCAUCGCCCUCGAGUACUCUGCCUUUCUCCCGAUUCGGAAGGACCGCCGGAAGAAUUGGCAGUGCAUCGAGUCUGCCGUGGAC